AUGAGUGGAAACAACCCGAACCCUUUUGUCAGGAGACAAGUCCAGCCAGCCAACACUGAAGCGUACUACCAGCAACCACAAAGUCAACAACCCCCUUUCGUGAAUACACCGUUUCAGCAGGGAAAUACUGAGUUUCCGGGUUUCAGUUCAAGCACCUUACCGACAAUUAAUACAGGAAAUGCCGUGUUUGAUAUGGCGUUUAACCAGACAACCAAUCUCAUGAAAUCCAAGUGGGAUAAUUAUACUCCCGAAGCGACCGGUUUGUGGAACAAUUUUAAGAAGUACUUCCAAGUCAGCAAUCAGUACGUCGUUGCAAAAUUGAGACUUAUUUUAUUCCCCUUUAUGUCUCAAUCCUGGAAACGCCUUAUAACCGUUGGCGAGGAUGGUCAGAAGUACUACCUCCCGCCUCGUCAGGAUGUUUAUGCCUUUGACUUGUACAUUCCGUUGAUGGCGAUCUUUACAUUCAUCGUAACUGUCGGUUUUACAGCCGGAACCAAAGGAAUCUUCUCCCCUCAAAUCAUUUCUACUUCCCUCUCCGCCUGUUCCGUCUCGAUCAUUCUCGAGCUCCUCCUCUUGAAGCUGAUUCUCUUCCUCAUAAGUUGCCCGGCGCCCAUUCUGGACCUUCUUUCUCUGAUUAGCUAUAAGUUCGUCGGUCUGUGUAUCAACUCCGUGAUCUACUGCUUGUCGCACAACCGCACCUUCUACACUGUGUCUCUUCUCUACACGGGAAUGCACUCGUUGAAGGCCAUCGUGUAUGAGGAGAAGGAACAAGAGCGGAAGAAGCGACGAUUGCGAAAUUACUUUGUGUUAUUGUGGGAAUGGAGGGGAGAAGUGAGGUGUAGAAGUAGCGUGAUGCAGGUCGUGUUGAUGUGGUUGCUCGGGCGCUAUAUGGGAUAA